AUGACACAACAGCCUAGCUCAAGCAACUCUCAAAAUGUAAGUUGGUACUGUCUUCAUCUUUGGUUCUAUUUUUUUGCUUUUUAGGACUAUUGUUCUUUCUCUUUCGUCUGUUUUUGGGGUACUUUUUGCAUUUUUGGUACUGUUUUUGGAGUUUUAGUACUAUUUGUACGAUUUUUAGUACUAUUAGGAUCAUAUUCUUAGUACUGUUUGCAUUACUUCUAGUUCUAUUUGUAUGGUUUUUAGUAGUAUUUUAGAACUCAUACUACAGUGGAACUCUUGUAUAACGAAUCGCUCGGGGACUUGAAAUUUGUUCGUUAUAAAGGAGUUUUGUUAUACAGGAGUUUUAAAUGCACUGUGUAAUGGUAGACGGGGAUUCAGAAGUCGUUCGUUAUACGGGAUUUUCGUUAUAGAAGAGUUUGUAAUACAGGAGUUCCACUGUACUAUUUUUGACAUUUCUCGUACUAUCUUUAUAAAUUACGUCGAUAUUGUGAACAUCUUUAGUACUAUCCUUAUCAGUUUUGGUGGUAUCUUUAGAAUUUUGGUACCUUCUUUUAGAAAUUUUAAUAUUUAAUACUAAUUUUGACUUUUUGAGAAUUACUUUUUGCUUGUUCUGGUAACAUAUUUAUUUUUUGGUACUACUUUUGAGAUCUUAGUACUAAUUUUGGCUUUUUAGGUAUUAUCUUCAUAAAUUUUGUUGAUAAUCUGGACAUUUUUAUUACUAUUUUGAUCUGUUCUGAUACUACCUUUAAAGUUUUUGUACUUUUUUGAAUUUUUAAAUAAUCGUUCUUUUUCGAAAUUCAUUUUUUGGUUUAAAAUAACAUGGUUGCCAAUUUUUAAAAACAAAACGAAGUAAUUAAGCCUUUUUUUGGAAGAAAAACCUUUUUGAAUCCAUUAUGAAGUCACUUCAAUUACAGCGAAAUAAACAAAAAAUAAUUUAUUUGUCUCAAAGACACAACUUUCAUUAUAACUCAUUCCGGCUUCUAAUUGUCACAUCUUUGUUAUUUCUAUGUAAUGUCAUAAACAAACUUUUAAAUGUUUUUUAUACGAAAGUUUUGUUAUAAAGGAGUAUUGUAAAAGAGUUAUACUGUAACUAUUGGGGUCGCGUACAGGUACCUACCUGUGGAAUUUUUUUCGGGUCGGCUCUGGGGGGGGAAGUAACCAACCCCCCCCCCUCCACCCCCCCCUAGCGACGCCCCCUGAUUGGGGUGAUAAAAGUUUUGGGUUCUAAUUAGUAGGAGUAGGAUAAAUUUAAGAUAACUUAUACUCUUAUACUAUACUUCUUAAAAAGUAAAGUAAAAAACGCUGAACGGAAAACGCAAUUAAAGCCUGACGGUCUAAAUACGAUAACUAUUAGGCCAGCGACGACUCAUAAUCAAAUCAUUUCGACUCAAACUUGGAAAUGAGCUUGCUUAAUACGUUUUCGUCAGUCUUUUAGGUUGGUAUGGGCACAAUUAGGCAAUUUAUUGUUUAGUUGUACUAUUUUAUUCUUUUUCUUUCUUUUUUUGGUACCUAAAUUUAUAAAGCUGGUAUUAGUGUUAUUGGAAAUUUUACUAGUUUGUUGGCCAAUAAUGGGGUUGUUGGUUACAUUAUGAUCAGGGUUGUCGGUACAGCAUUUUUUUUAGUUUUUCGUUUACAGGUGGUCUAUGUGCACUAUAUUUGAAAAGGGGGUCUACCAGGCCAUGAUCGAGUCAGACUGCAAGUUUGAAAAGGGCCGGGUUAGGCUGAAAAAUUGGGACCCGCCCGGUCAUUACUGGUCUACUGGGCACCAAUUUUUCGUAAAAAUAUCUUUAAUUUUUCACGUACUACCUACUUUAAGAACCAUUUUUGAUCGGUUUUGAUGGAUUCACUUCUCUUUUCCUUUCCCGUCUUUACCUAACAGACCGAGGGACUAAACUUACUUAUAGGUCUGGGCUCAAAACAAGAAUCAAUUUUCUGUCUUGUGGGUUGGGUCAAAAAUUGGGUAUUGGGCUAGUCUUUCUACAAGACUAUUCUAAAUUUUAAAUUAGUGUGAUUAGCACCAGGAAGCCUAGUUUUUAAAAAUUUAAAAAUUCAAAUUUCAGCUGAACCGGGUAAAAUUCACGCAAAACGAAGAAGUUCUGUUCAUUUCGGAGCCGGAUCCACUCAAAUCGCCUUCAGAACCGGGACGAAUAGCUUCGGAAUCGAUAAAGAGAAUAGUGAUCACAACUUCAGAUCAAAUUCAAGAAUUCGCGGUCGAAAAGAAUCGAGAAGCAACCAACUUUAGCAUCUUGGAUACGGUACGUUUAUUGAUACUGUAGCUAUUUUAGUAAUCAAUUUUUUCCGGAUUUGCCGGAAACCGCGUAUUUUACAUUCAUAACUAUUUUUUUUGCUUAUUGAGCUUAUUUUCGGCUGUUAAAGAUUACUACAAGAUAAAAAAAUUUUGGCGCCAAAAUGAAAAUUCAAAAUUUUUUAAUGUCAUAUGUCAUUUUUGGACCGACCUAUAACAUUUAUGGUAUAAAUUAUCUUUUUACAAGGUAUUUUCUACCAUUUUUUUAAAAAAUUUUUAGUUAUUUUUGCCAUUUCAACAUUAUAAAACAAAAUGCCAAAAGCGCGCCAAAAUAAAAAUUCAAAUUUCAGCAAUGUUACUGUAUUCCAUGUUCGGCACGUUUCCAAGAUCAACUAGAAUUCGCAUCUCAUUGUGAUCAAGUACACUCGGUUCAAAUCAAUGACACCGCUGAUUUAAUGCUCAUGACCGGUGAUAAUACAGUAAUCAAUGCCUACAGUAAACCCGAUGAUUCGUCUCCUUCCAACAUGACUAAUCAGUUCAUGAUGAAUAUGAGUCAACAAAUGCUUAAUGGAGGUAGGUUGAAAGGGUUUUUGAUUUGGGCAGGGUUUUUAGGCGGAUUUUGAAGGUUGAGGCGGAAUGCCAAUGUUGGCGGGAAAAUUAACAUUUGAAUUUUUAAAUAAAAAUUGGUUUUACUUGUGGUUAGAAGUUAUUUAUUAUGCGUUUUCGAAAAUUUUUUGUUGUUUUUAAGUGUUAAAAAAGAAUGCCAAAGUUGGCGGGAAAAAUAAAAUUUGAAUUUUUUCGGUUGGAAAACCUAAAAUUUUAAGUAAAAUGAAAAAGAUGGCAUAAUUACAAUAUUUAUAAUAUUAAAAAUUGAAAACAAAUUAUAUUUUAGAGCUGAUGAAGUUCAUGAGAGCCCAACAAUUCGCACCAAACGCACCAUUCGUUCAACGAAACAGCUCCAAAACCCUCAAGUGUCCCAAAUGCAAUUGGCACUACAAGUACCAAGAGACGUUGGAGAUUCAUAUGAAGGAGAAGCACAAUGAUUUGGAUGUAAAAUGCAUCUUCUGCCUUCAAAAUCAACCUCAUCCGAAGCUGGCUCGAGGCGAAAGCUAUUCCUGUGGCUACAAACCUUACCGCUGCGAACUGUGCAAGUACAGUACGACCACCAAAGGCAAUCUGAGCAUUCACAUGCAGUCGGACAAACAUCUUCAUGCCGUUCAGGAAAUGCCAAAUAAUAUUGGUAAGGUUAAGGUUUGGUUUUGAGGGAUUUAAGGGAGAUUGAAACAGAAUGCCAGAAAUGGCGGGAAAAUGAGAUUUUUAAAAAUUUUAAGAAAAAUUAUAGAAUUCGAAAAAAAAUAUGUUCAUGAAGCUUAUAUGUUGUAUUUUUUGUAAUGUUUAAGUUUUUAAUAGUGGUUAGAAGAAAAAACAGAAUUUUAAAUUUGGCGCCAAAAUUGAAAUUAAAAUUUUUUGAAACGGUUUUGAAUAAUAGCUUAAGCAGUAUAGUUAAUGUAUGCUUAUUAGUUCAAAAUUAUGACAUUUUGAAGCCAUUAGAUUAGUUUAAAAGCCUUGAAACAGGAUGCCAAAGAUGGCGGAAACAUUGAGAUUUGAAAUUUUUUAUGUUUUUUGUAGUUAUAUCUUGACCGGUAUUGUUAAUAAAAGCUCAUUAGUUAAAGAUUAUGACAUUUUGAAGCCAUUAGAUUUGUUUAGACGCCUUGAAACAUAAUGCCAAAGAUGGCGGGAAAAUAAAAAUUCAAAAUUUUUAAAUAUAAUUUUUACACUUAUUUGUUAAAAAUUAUGAACUAUGAUAAGAACAGAUUUAAAAAAUACUAUUUUAAAAAAUUAUUGUUAAUCCGAAAAUGGCACUUUCACCGUAUUGCCACACUAAAAAUGUCACUUUCCAGCUCAACAAACUCCAGUGAAUCCUCUCGAACUGACUUCGGACAAGCUCUUCACUUGUUUGAUCUGCAACAACUUUCGGACCAAUUCGAAUACCGAAAUUUUAGACCAUCUGGAACAAGAUCGAAGCGGUCUGAAUGUGGGUGACAUCAGCAUGAUCAAUGGUUUCUAUCAUUGUCAUCUCUGCCCUUACAAUACCAAUCUGAAGGCCAAUUUUCAACUUCAUACCAAGACUGACAAACAUAUUCAGAGGGUGCAGUUGGUAGGUUUUUGGAGUUUUUAUGGGGUGUUGUUGAGAUUAAUUUACAAAAUUUUUUAAUUUUCAAAAUUUUUGAAAUUUAAAAUUUUUUGAGAUUUUUCAAAACCUCGUUGUAAUGCUAUUCCUUUUCCUAUAUCAAUGUCAUUUUCUGAUGACCCUACCCAAGUUUUGACUAAUUUGCAUCCAGAAAAGUCUCAUAAAAUUAGCGGCGCACUAAAUGACAUUCUUUCUUUGUCCUAUCGCCCUAAUUGACUCCGAUUCUGAUUUAUUACCGGCUUUUGCUUUCAUUUCCGCCCUUUUUGGACAAAACUUUUUUUUUGUUUUUGGCCGAAACAAACUUGUUUUGGAAGGGGGAUUUUACUGGAGUGGGAAAAUGGAUAGGGUAAGUUUUACGCUGGACAAAGUAGGGUAGGGCUUAGUAGGGUAAAGUAGUGCGUUAGGUAUUGUAGGGUAACUUAUAGUAGCGUCCGCCAAUGUAAUGUAGAGUAAGAUAGGGUGUGGUAAGAAAGGGCAAGGUAUGAGAGGUGGAGUAGAUUAUGGUAUGGGUAUGGUAAAUUUGAAAAGGAUUUUUUGAGUAUGAAGUAGGUGGGGCUAGGGUAAAUUUUAGGCAACGGCAGGGCAUAUAGACUAUAGUAGGGCUGGGUGUGGCAGGGUAGGGUAGGGUAGAGUAGGGUAUAGGGUAGGGUAGGAUAAGGUAAAGUAGAGUAAGCUUGAACGCAAUUUGAAUGUAGGGUAUGGUAAAAACUGACAUUUACCCCGAAACAAAAAGUAACUUUUUUCCUCAAAAGUUCUCAAACGGCAUUGCGCAAUACAAUGUUCUUCCCAACGUGCCGUUCCCUAUUGUGCGCGAAAAGCCGUCUUUAGUGCCGUUUCCUUUUUGAUCCGAAGCCGAAUUUCACACACAAGAUGAAUAAAGCUGAUGGCCAUGCUUAAUGGGUUUGAAAAGGUAAAUAGGACUACUUGAAAGGCGCUUUAUUUACCUGCCUACUGGUUUUUUAAAGCAGGAAAGAUAAAGGAAGGGUACGGUAACUAAUUGAUUUUCUGCUUUAAAAGUAGGAGGAAAGGAGGUGGGCUAAAAUUGUUUAAAAAUUUGGGCAGUGUAAAUUUUUGAAAAAAAAAUUUGGGCGGUGUGAAAUUUAAAAAAAAGGUUGGGUAAGGUAGAACUUUGGAAAAAAAAAAUUUAAAUUUUUGAAAAAAGUUCGGGCAGGGUAAAAUCUUGAAAAAAAGUUUGGACGUGGUAAAAGUUUUAAGAAGAGGUUGGGCGGGGUAAAAUCUUGAAAAAAAGGUUAGAUAGGUUAAAAUUAAAAAAGGGCAUGGUAAAGCCUUUUAAAAAGUGUCGGGCAGGGUAAAAAUAGAAAAAAAGACUUUUCGAGCGUGGUAAAAAUGGGAAAAAAGAUUAGGCAGGGUAAAAAAGUGUUGGGGCUUUGAAAAAAGUGUUGGGCGGGGUAAAAUUGAAAAACCUUUUAGGAAUUUCUUAAAACUAAAAAAAGUUUAAGCAGGGUAAAAGCUUUGUAAAAAGUUUGGGCAUGGGAAAUUUUCAAAAAAAAAGAUUGGGCGGAGUAAAAUUUAAAAAAAUUUGAGAGUUGGGGGUAUUAUGUAGGGAGUGGUGAAGAGCUGAGUAGGGAUAAAAAUUAUGUACAAUGAGGCAAUGUGGAGGGGGUAGAUUAUAUUUUUUAUUUUUUUUUUGAACGAGAAGAGAUCCCAAGCCUUUACCUUCCUUUUCUCACCUUUAUUAAUGAACCUAGUAAGGUGGCAAUUAUAAGAUGGCGAGUAUAAACAGUUCAUUGUCCUUUAUAAUCGGGGUCAACAGGCUUGAAGAAGCUCUUGAAAUGUCAUUUGGAUUAACUGGCUACUGUGGUGAAUCCAUAAUUUUACAUUUUUUUAUGUUUUAUCUCCCCCUUCUCUCUUUUCUUUCUUGUCAAAAAAAUUUUUUUCACUCCUCCCCCCAUUUUUUAAUUUUUUUUAAACAUUACCCCGUCUAACCUUUAAGUCUCAACUUUUUUACCCUGCCCGAACAUUACCUCGUUGACUUUUAAUGCUCAAACUUUUUACCCUGCCCAACUUCUAACGCUCUAAUUUUUUACACUGCCCUAAUAUUAUCUUACCCGGCUUUUAAUGCUCAAACUUUUUACCCCGCCGACUUUUAAUUUCCAAACUUGACUAAAAAAACUGAAUUUGUUACCCAAAUUUAAAAUACGUCAAUAGCCUUGUUUGCCUAUGUUAAUAUCCAUAAAAGUGGAACCGCCAAGUGGCAAAUCUCUUGUCCAAAUAAACCUGUCGAAUCGACCAAAAUCAAUUUGGCCACAAAAGCAAGGCCAAUUGGCGCGAGGAGAAGCCGGAUAUGCAAGGUGUCACCUAAAUUUGGGAGUGGAUGAUUAUUAGAAGAAGGAAAAAAGGGGCAGGGUAAAAAAGUUUUUUUUUGAUAGUGGGGUUUUUGAUGUAAAAAUUUUUUUUGGCGGGGUAAAAAAAAUUUUUUGGGCGGGUGAAAAAAUUUUUGAUGGAAAGGAGGGGGAGGGGGUGGUUAAAUAUUUAAUUUUAAGGUUUUUUUAAAUGCGAUUUUGUAAAGAAUUUAAAAAUAGCUACAUUUUGGACCUCGCAGCCUGCAGAGGACAAGUUAUACGAUAAAUAAGUUUUAAGCGUUUGUAAACAAAGUUCUUGCUCCUUUUUAAAUUAUAAGGCUAUUUUUUGUUAUUUUUCGAUUUGUAAAGAAAGUUCUUGUUGAUUUUUGUUUUGUGAAGAAAUUUCUUAUAUUUUGCUUUUUGCUGGAUUUGCAGGCUGCGGAAGACAAGUUAUACGAACAAUGUUAAAUUUAGUUAUCUUUUGUUUUGUAAAGAAACUUUUUGCCAUUUUCUGUUUUUUAAACAAAGUUCUUGUCAUCUUUUGGUUUGUAAAGAAAGUUCUUGCCAUUUCUUGGUUUUUAAAGAAAGUUCUUGCCGUUUUUUGUUCUGUAAAGAAAAUUCUUGCUUACUUCGUCUAAACUUGUCUUUUCCUAAUAGCUCUUUCUAUUUCUUUUGUUUGUCCAACCUUAUACAUUGUAAAUAGCAACAGGUGUGCGUGCAUUAAUUAGUGAUUUUAAUUAAAUUUAAAUUCAGAUCAAUCACAUGCGCGAAUGUUCCACUCCAACCUCGCCGAAUGCCUUGUUGGGCCGAUUGUCAGCGGCCAAAAGCACCGUUCAAGUACGAUGUGGAGUAUGUCAGGAGAUAUUGGUCUGGUAGGUUAAUAUUGCUAUAGAAUGGCAUAACUUACAGUGGAAAGAAAGUUCUUGCAAUUUUAUGUUUUGUAAAGAAAGUUCUUGCUAUUUUAUAAGUUGGAAAGAAAGUUCUUGCCGUUUUAUGUAUUGUAAAGGAAGUUCUUGCCGUUUUGUGCUUUGGAAAGAAAGUUCUUGCUUUUUUGGUUUGUAAAGAAAGUUCUUGCAAUUUUUCAACUUGUAAAGAAAGUUCUUGCAAUUCUCUGCACUGUAUACAAAGUUCUUGUAAUUUGAUGCCUUGUAAAGAAAGUUCUUGCAAUUUUCAAACAAAGUUGUCGCAAUGGCUAAAAUUACCUCAAGUACUAUAAUAUACCGCCAUUUGGGCAUGGGAAUAUUGGUAAUGGAGACGGGAAUAUUAAAAGAAUGUUUUUAAAAUAGUAAUGAGAUGAAAUCGGAUAUAUCGCAGGUAAUUAUCGAAUUACAAAUUACCUGAAUUUAUACGAAAAAUUGAGCAAAUACGGCAUAAACAGCAUGUUUAUGAGAUUUUUGAUAUUAGGAGGUUAAUUUUUUGUAUUUUACCAGGGUAGCCUAAGCGCAGUUUUAGCCAUUUCAGUAUUGCUAGCUCUGUCUUUGUUCUAGCUUUAACCUGUGGCAUAAGUCCCAGUAAAAAUUCUAGCUCUUGUUUUAGCUCUAGCUUUAGGUUUAGCUUUAGCCAUAGUCUUGUCUUAGUCCUAGGCAAAGCCCUAUCUGUAUCCCUAGCUUUAGCCCUAGGUUUAGCCCUAGCCCUAGUCCUGACAAUUGCCCUGGCUCUAGCAUCAGUCCUAGUUCUAGCCACAUCUCUAGCCCUAGCUGUAGCGCUAGACUUAGCUUUAAUCCUAGUCUCUUGCUAUGUUUUGACAUUUUUUAAAUAAUUUUAAGACUUUACUUUGUCACAAACAAAUUUUUUAUGUUUAUUUAAAAAAAUUUUUAAAAUAAGUUUUUAAAAAAUAAUAUUUUUUUUUGAAAAAAAUAAAUUUUGAAAAAUAUUAUAAGUUAAUAGUCUAAAAUUAACCCCAACCCCUCCAGAAAUACCUUUUUUGGAGAAAGAAGAACGGUAAACAUUUGUCUUAUGAAGAGGCCAAAGAGCGAUUAUUUUUGUCAUAUUUGCUUUACUUUUUUUUUCAUUUUCUGGAAGGGCUAAACUUGGAGUAAAAGGUAAAAUACGGCCGUUGGAAAAGUUAGCUUUACUUUAUAAACGGCAAAAACUUUCUUUACAAAUCAUAAAUUGGCAAAAACUUUUUUUACAGGACUUUCAGAUCGCGCCCUGUCUUUAAAAGCACUAAGUUGAAAAUAUGACAAAAACUUUCUUUACAACUGCAUUUUUUAAAUAUUGUAUUUUCACGAAAUAAAAAUGUCAUUUUCAGUACCUCAAGUCUGCGUGAGCAUUGUGACAGCCGGCUUCACCUUCAUCGUGCCUCAAUUCUGAUGCUACAUUCGACAAGUCCAGUCAGACGAGGAUCGGCUGUCAUUUCGUCUCAAAAUAACAAUGGCGGGAUACAGUACGAAUGCGUCUACUGUGGAGGCUGUUAUGACGACCAAAGUGGAGCUACUGGUAAAUUUUUUUAUUUUUUUUUAAAUUUUUUAAGUUUUUAAAUAUUUUUUUGAGUGGAAAGAAAGUUAUGGCAUUUAUUUUUUUUGUAAAAUACGAUAAUAGACUUAUUGGUUUUAAUUUAAAGCGACUUUUUUUGGUUUUAUCAAAUUGGAAACAAAGUUUUUGUAGUGCAUUCAAAAAUAUUUUCAAAUUGAAAAAAAAAUAAAAUUUCAGGUUGAUUUAGCUCUAAAAAUGCAUUUUUAAAUCUUAGAAAAAUCAUUUUUAUUAUUUAUUUUUUUUUGAAAAAUCUUGUUGUAAAGAAAGUUUUUGCAAUUUUUAGAAUUUUUUUAAAUUAAAAAAAAUAGUUUAGUUUUUGUAUUUGAUUAAUUUUAGCUCAUCUAACUCAAUGUGCCAACAGGAAUGUCGAUGAACGUGAGUUUUACAACUUUAAAAUUAUUUUUGGUUUUUUUUAAUUUUUACAGUAACUUUGGGUUACAGUAGACUCUGUUAAGAUACGAUUUUUAAAAAUUUUUUUUUACAGUAUCUUUGGGGUGCAGUAGGCAUUGA